AUGGACGACAUCACGCGCUGGGUCCGCCGGCUCGUGUGCAAGGGCCUCGACGUCGACGACGACGUGUACAACCGCGUCUUUGAGGAGACGUCCAAGACCACCAAGAAGCCGCCGACGCGCGACUUGUACCGUAAGUUCUUCUCGAGCGAGACGGCUGCGGGCAACGUCCUCUUCUUCUACACGACGCAGUACGAGGUCGAGGUGGAAGUCGAGGUCGAAGAAGAGGUCGAUGCGCCGCCCAAGGCGAUCGCUGCCGAGGCGCCGUGCCCAGAAGAGCCGACAGCAGACGACGCGGCUACUAGCAGCAACAACAACGGCUUGCCUGGUCCUGUGACCGUCGAGCAAGACGAGCGCGACUUGGCCGCACCUGCCGCCGAGAAGGUCAAGACGAUUCGCCGCAUCACGACGCGGGAAGCCAAGGACAUGUGCAACGUAAGCUUGAACGUGCUGCCAUUGCACGACGGCCCGUGCGUCUUUUUCAUCAAGAGCGGCGACGGGCCCGUCGCGCUUCUCUCAAGCGAGGCCGAAGACAGUGCGAGCAACAUUGAAGUCGGGUGCUCGACGGGCGAUCUACUCUCGAACCUCGAGGGCGUCAUCUGCCACGUGUUCAUCCCCGUGCUCGACCCCAAGCUCCUCGCCGAGGGGGGGUACGAGACCGAGCUCACGGACGCCCACCACGCGCUCAAGGUCAUUGACGCGGUCCGAAACGAGUUUCGGGGCAACCUCGUCAAAUUUGCGUCGCAAAUCUCCAAUGCGAUGCAGCAGAUCCAAGGCGACGUGCACCUCGUGAUCCCACCCGUCACGAUCGAGAAGCCCGAAGCGUGUCUCGAUGACUACGAACUCAUCAACACGCUCGAGCAAGCGCUGGAAGAGUGGUACAAGGUCGUCGCGAUGGUUGUCGACCAAGAGGCGCGCAAGGCUCCGAAGCGCAAGGGUCCGUUGGCCGAAAUUGAGUUUUGGCGCGAACGCAACGCGACGUUGAGUACGAUUUUUGAGCAAAUCAACAUGCCCCACGUGCAAAAGAUGCUCACGCUGCUCGAGCUCGUCGAAGCCGCGAUGCUCUCGACGUUCCGGUAUCAUUUCUCCGAGCUCAGCAAGCAGUACAUCGAGGCCAAGGACAACGUCAAGUUCCUCACGACACUCGAACGCCACUUUAAAAACCUCGCGGUCGGCUCGUUUGGGACAAUCGCGGACACGCUGCCGUCGAUGAUGAACGCGAUCCGCAUGGUCUGGAUCAUCUCGCGCCACUACAACACGGACGAGCGCAUGGUGCCGCUCAUGGAGCGCAUUGCGUCCGAGAUUGCCGACAAGGUCGCCGGCGCCAUCAACAUUCACACGUUUCUCCGCAAGCCGCCCGAGACGGCGCUGCAUGCGAUCGAAGAGGCAAAAAUGGUGCUCGAUUUGUGGUACACGACGUACAUGAAGGUCCGGGAGCGCAUCGAAGCCAGCGGGACCGACCAUCGAUGGGAGUUUGACCGAAAGCGGCUUUUCGACCAAACCAACUACAUGGCCAAGAUUUGUGAGAACCUCCAAGAAGUCGCGACGGUCCUCGACCAGUUUCAUAAAUUUCUCGGGCCGGAGCUCAAGAGCGUCACGGGCGACUCGCAAGGCAUUGACGACGUCAUGGCGCGCGUCGAGAGUCUCAUUGCGCCGUUCGAAAACGUUCCGUUCCGCAUCUUUGACCGCGGCUACAAGACGAGCUGGGAGUCGGUCAUGGUGCAAUUUCGGGAAAAAGUCGUCGAGAUCGAGACCAUGACGCGCAAGUUCAUCGACACGUCGUUCCAGAAGCUUCGGUCGGCGGAAGGCGCGUUCGACUUGCUCCAAAACUUUCAAAACAUCCAGUCCCGCGACUCGAUCAACAAGCAAAUGAUGGAAAAGUACAAGGACAUUUUGAUGCAGUACAGCAAGGAGCUCGAGAAACUCACCGAGCAGUUUGAGCUCAACAAGGCGCGGCCGCCGAUUUACAAGUCGCACCCGCCCGUCGCCGGCGCCAUUGCGUGGGCCCGCGCCCUCUACCACCGCGCCAAGAAGCCCAUUAUGCGCUUCCGGGCCAUGCACGAUUUGCUCAAGUCGCCCCACGGCGAAGAAGUCAAGGAAAAAUACCUCGUGUUUGCGCGCGCCGUCGAUGCGUACAUCCGGAGCCUCCAUCUCGAGUGGAAAGAAAAGGUGCCGUCCACAACGAACGAGCAUUUGAAGCAGCCGAUCUUGGGGCCGCCGCUCCUCGAGACGAGCAAGAUCGAGAACGGGUCGCCGGUGCUCAAGCUGCCGCCGCCGCCGUUUUACCCCAACUUUGCGCCCGAGCUCUCCAUGAUCAUCCGCGAAGCCAAGUACAUGGACCGGCUCGGCUUUGACAUCCCCGAAGAGGCGCUCAACGUGACGCUGCAAGAAGACAAGUACCACCAGAUUGUGCAGGAUCUCAAGGGCAUGCUCAAGCAGUACGACGCACUUCUCAAGAGCCUCUCGCCCGUUGAGACCUACCUUCUCCGCGGGCAACUCAAAGACCUCGACGACGCGCUCCGCGUCGGCUUUUACCCGCUCAAUUGGAACUCGCAGCGCAUCUUUUCGUUCAUUGAAGCGUCGCUGAAAGCGCUCAACCAGUUUGGCAACAUCGUCUCCCAAGUCCACAAGAGCGCCAAGAUGAUCGAAGAGGUUGUCGUGACGAUCGAGAACACGAUGCUCAUCAAGAUCAGCGACUACGAGGACGGCGUCGUGACCGAAGUCGGCGAGUUUUACGAGCUCAUGGAGCGCAACCGCGUCGCGCGCAUUGACGAGCUCGUGCAGAACUACCGGAGCAUCGGACCGCUGCUCAUCAAGGUCGAGGAGGUUGUCGCUGGCGUCAACACGGGAUGCAGCCCCAAGCUCGCAACCUACUACAUGUACUGGGAGCGGCGCGUCUUUAACGCGAUCACAAAGAUGAUCAUUGGCUCGAUGACGACGUUUCAAGCGCUUUUGAACGUGCACCAAAAGGACGUGUUUCGACAAACCAACCACGAAGCCAACAAGCUCAAGCGCCCGCCGCUCUGCAAGAUCAAGGCGACCAUGAAUGGCAAAGACAUUGUGGUGACGCCGACUCUCAGCGACAUGUACAAGUAUCUGAGCAAGUGCGUCAAGCACAUUGUCGAGAGUGCGAAAGCGUUCGCGCGCUGGAUGCAUGGCACGUGCCGCGAAACCGAGCCCCAAGUCGCGUCCGAGGACGACGAGCCCGUCACGUUUACGUUCUACAACGACAUUUCGCAAAACCCGUAUGUGAUCAAGAUGACGCUGUCGCUCAACCAAGAGAUCCACAAGGUCUUCAACAUUAUCAACAAGUACCUCGACUCGUGGCGCCGGUACGACACGGUCUACGCGCUCUGGAACCCGAAGCGUCGCGCGGCCUUGGACAAGCUCGCAGACAAGAAGCCGAGCUGCGUCUACUUCGACGCGCGCAUGGCGUCGUAUGCGCGCCUCGCGGAUAGCGUGCGGAGCCAGCCGACCGAGAAGGAAACGGACUUUCUUCAAAUCAACUGCUUUGCGGUUGCGGUCGCGAUUGCCAAACAGGCCGAGAAAUGGAAAGACGACUAUGGUCAGAUUUUGCUCGAGCUCUCGACCAAGAAGCUCGCGGCCAGCGUCGCCAUCAUGGAUGGCUUUGAGAAGGAGCUUCUGGCGGCGCCGACGGACCUCGCGUCGCUAAAGACGCUUUUAAACACGAUCGCGCGCAUCUCGGCCUCGAGUAUGGAGAUGGAGCUCGACUACUGCGACAUUGCCGAGCGGUACCGGACGCUGCAGACGUACGCAAUCGCAAUGCAAGACGGCGGCGCCGAGGCCACGCGCGCGUUUGAGCUCGAGUCGCGCUGGAAGAGCCUCGUGAUCGCGAGCAAGACCAAGGAUCUGCGGCUCAUCCACGUCAAGGACCAGUUCCGAGUCGUGACCAAACAAGACACGGCGGCGUUUGCGAUCGACUGCAAGGCGAUGCGGUCCGACUUUUUCUCGACCGGACCUGGCGGAACCCUCUCCGACUUGGACGCGGGCUUGGAGCUCGUGACCGAGUACAAGGCGCGGCUCGCGGCGUUCAAGAACAAGCGCCAAGAGCUCGUGAACGCUGAGAACCUCUUUAGCCUCCCGUUGAGCGCGUACCCGGAGCUCCAAGAGGUGGCCGACGCGCUCGAGAAGCACGAACGCGUCUACGCCCUCUACAUUGAGCAAAAGGAGUUUAUCACGGGCAUGUCGGGCGUGCUCUGGGGCGAGCUCGACGUCGGCUUUAUGACCAAGGGCAUCGAUGAGCUCGAAAAGACGUGCCGCAAAUUUCCAAAGGAGCUUCGCGCGAUGGCCACGUUCCAAGAAGUCGAAAAGCAGAUCUUCGCGUUCAAGGAGAGCAUCCCGCUCAUUGCGUCGCUAAAGAACGACGCGAUGAAGCCCCGGCACUGGGAAGAGCUCAUGGCGGUCACGCAGGUCAAGUUUGAAAUGAACCUCAAGACGUUUACGCUCGGAAACCUCUUUGCGAUGCAGCUGCAUCGGUUCGCGGCCGAGAUUGGCGACAUUGUCAACGCCGCGAUGCAAGAAGCCAAAAUCGACAUGGAGCUCCAGAAGAUCGAGGACGUUUGGGCCAAAGCGACGUUUGAAGUCGCCAAAUACAAGAAGAACGGGACAGACCGUGGGUGGGUACUCCGCACCGCCGACGAGCUCAAGCUCACGCUGGAAGAUCACAUGCUCAACCUCCAGACGAUGAGCGGCUCGCGCUUCAUUGCGAGCUUCUCGGACCGCGUCCGCAAGUGGGAGAAGAAGCUCAACAUUGUCAACGAAUGCAUCGACGUGUGGUUUGUCGUGCAGCGCAAAUGGAUGUACCUCGAGAGCAUCUUCAUUGGCGCCGAAGACAUUCGGCUUCAGCUCCCCGAGGAAGCCAAAAAGUUUGACGCGCUCGAUAAGGCGUGGAAAGGCAUCAUGGCGGCCACGUACAAGAACGCCAACGCUGUCGAUGCGUGUACGACCGACAACCGUACCGAGACGCUCCUCGGGCUCUCCGAGCGCCUAGACAAGUGCCAGAAAAGCCUCAGCGACUACCUCGACACGAAGCGGAAUUCGUUCCCGCGCUUCUUCUUCAUCUCCGACGACGAGCUCCUCUCGGUGCUCGGGUCGUCCGACCCGACAUCGAUUCAAGUGCACAUGCUCAAGCUGUUUGACAACGUCAAGCUUCUAACGUUUGCACGCAACAACCGAAAUGUGACGGCCAUGGAGAGCUCGGAAGGCGAGGGCUUCACGUUCCGAACCGUCUCGAUCGUCGAAGGGCCCGUCGAGCAGUGGAUGACAGGGGUGGAAGACGAAAUGCGUGCGACGCUCCAAGUGAUUGCCAAGGAAGGCGUCUUUCACUACGCGCGGUCGCCGCGGACGACGUGGCUCGGCGACGUCCUCGGCAUGGUCGGUCUCGUUGGCAGUCAAAUCUGGUGGACGUGGGAGGUCGAAGACGUCUUUCAUCGCGUGGCCGGCGGCAACAAAUAUGCGAUGAAGGAGCUCGAAGUGAAGCUCACGGGGCAGCUCAACGACCUCGUGCGCCAGGUGCGCGAGCCACUGCCCAAGCAGACGCGCAAGAAGGUCAACACGCUGCUCAUCAUUGACGUCCAUGCGCGCGACAUUGUCGACGCGUUCGUUCGAGACUCGAUCUUGCACGAAAAAGAGUUUGCUUGGGAGUCGCAGUUGCGCUUUUACUGGGACAAGGACGUCGACGACGUCGUAAUUAAACAGUGCACCGGCACCUUUCGCUACGGCUACGAGUACAUGGGUCUCAACGGCCGGCUCGUCAUUACGCCUCUCACCGAUCGCUGCUACAUGACGCUCACGCAAGCGCUCACGUUCAAGCUUGGCGGGUCGCCCGCGGGGCCUGCCGGCACGGGCAAGACGGAGACCGUCAAAGAUCUCGCCAAGUCGCUCGCGCUGCCGUGCUACGUCAUCAACUGCGGCGAGGGCCUCGACUACAAAGCCAUGGGAAGCAUCUUCUCGGGGCUUGUCCAAGUCGGCGCGUGGGGCUGCUUUGACGAGUUCAACCGCAUCAACAUCGAAGUACUUUCCGUCGUCUCGGCGCAGCUGCGAGCGAUCCAGAACGCGCUCAACACGGACAAGCCAACCGUCGACAUUGGCUUUGGCACGGAAAUCGCGAUUCAUCGCACGGCAGGUUUUGCGACCUGCGGCUUUUUCAUCACGAUGAACCCGGGGUACGCUGGCCGCACCGAGCUCCCGGACAACCUCAAGGCGCUCUUCCGCCCCGUGACGAUGAUUGUACCCGACUUGCUCAUGAUCUGCCAGAUCAUGCUCUUUAGCGAGGGCUUUGAGAACGCGGUCGCGCUCGCCAAGAAGAUGACGGUGCUCUACAAGCUCUCGCGCGAACAGUUGAGCAAGCAGUACCACUACGACUUUGGGCUCCGCGCGCUCAAGAGCGUGCUCGUCAUGGCCGGCUCUCUCAAGCGCGAGUACAGCGACAUGAGCGAAGACCUCGUGCUCAUGCGCGCGCUGCGUGACUCGAACAUGCCAAAGUUUGUGUUUGAAGAUGUCCCGCUCUUCCACGGCCUCAUCAACGAUCUCUUUCCUGGGCUCGACUGCCCGCGCGUGGGGUACGCCACGCUAAAAGACGCGAUCGAAGCCGACUUGGAUGCGGGCGAAUACCGGACCACGGAUGUCGCCGUCUUUCGCGAGCAAACGGACAAGAUCAUUCAAAUGUACGAGACGAUGCUGGUCCGGCACACGACCAUGAUCGUCGGACCCACCGGCGGUGGCAAGUCGCUCGUGCUGCAAACACUCGCGAAUGCGUCCAAGGUCGCGCUGGACGAGGUUGUCAAGAUCUUUGUCCUGAACCCGAAAGCGCAGUCGGUCGCUGAGUUGUAUGGUACGAUGGACCCGGUCACGCGCGACUGGACGGACGGCGUCCUCUCCAAGCUCUUUCGAGAGCUCAACCAGCCGCUGCCGCCGGGAAAAGAAAACGAGAAGCGCUGGCUCAUCUACGACGGCGACGUGGACGCCGUCUGGGUCGAAAACAUGAACUCGGUCAUGGACGACAACAAACUGCUCACGCUGCCCAACGGCGAGCGCAUUCGCCUUCAAACGCACUGCAGCAUGAUCUGCGAGACGUUCGACUUGCAAUAUGCGUCGCCGGCGACCAUCUCGCGUUGCGGAAUGGUGUGGGUCGACCCCAAGAACCUCGGGUACCGUCCGUUCUACGAGCGCUGGCUCAAGAAACGCACCAAGCUCGACGACAAAGGACCGCUUCUGGAGUUUUUUGACCAGUAUGUGCCCAAGUGCGUCGACUACAUCCUCGAGGGCACGGUCGGCGCGGAAGUCGUCGGCCGCCUCACGCAAGUGAUUCCGAUCUCCAACAUGGAAAUGUGCAAGCAGCUGACGAAUGCGAUCGACAGCUACUUUCCGGAGGCGCCUCUCGAGCGCAUGGACAUUGAAGGUCUCUUUCUUUUUUGCCUCGUAUGGUCGCUCGGCGCCGCGCUCAUCGAGCCCAGUCGCGUCCGCUUUGACGAGUUUCUCAAGACGAUCGCGACCUGCGCGAUGCCAACGCCGUCGCUCUACGCCUGCUUUUACAACGUGGAGACGCAUAAAUGGCAGACGUGGGACUCGCGCGUGCCAUCGUACAUUGAGCCAGCACCGUUCAACUUUUCCAACGUGCUCGUGCCAACGACAGACUCGGUCUUGUACUCGUACAUUCUCGCGACAGGCAUGAAGACAGAGCGACCCGUGCUCCUUGUCGGGGACUCGGGCACAGCCAAGACCGUGACGGUGACCAACUACCUCCGCGAACUUGACCCACAGACCACGUCGUCGCUCAGUAUCAACUUUUCAAGCCGGACGAGCUCGGCCGACGUACUCGCCAACAUCCAAGCCAACGUCGAUAAGCGCACGGGCAAAAUCUACGGCCCGCCUGCGGGCAAGAAGCUCGCCAUCUUCAUCGACGACAUGAACAUGCCCAAGGUCGACUUGUACGGCACGCAACAACCCAUCGCGCUCCUUCACUUUGUCGUGAGCAAAGGCUGCAUGUACGACCGCGGCAAAGAUUUGGAUCUGCGCAUCCUCAAGGAUUUGCUCUACAUUGGCGCCAUGGGCCCGCCAGGCGGUGGUCGCAACAACGUCGACCCGCGCUUCGUCGCGCUCUUCAACGUGUACAACUUGACGCCGCCGACGAAAGACGUUUUGCGCAACAUUUACGGCUCGAUUCUGACGACGUAUCUGCGCAAUUUUGCGCCGCCCGUGCAGGAGGCAGGCGCCAAGCUCACGGACGUCCUCCUGCGCCUCUUUGAUGUGAUUGUCGAGAAGCUGCCGCCGACACCGUCCAAGUUUCACUACAUCUUUAAUCUCCGGGACCUCGGCCGCGUCUGCGAAGGCGUGUGCAUGGCGACGCCCGACAAAUUCGACUCGUCGGCCAAGCUCGUGCGCCUGUGGCGCAACGAGGUCCAACGUAUUUUUUGCGACCGCCUCACCAGCACGACCGACCUCGGCGUCGUCGAGACCGCGACCGCGAGCCUCCUCAACGAGGUGUUUCCGUCCGAAGCACCGGUCGCGCUCGUGGAUCCUCUGCUCUUUGGGGACUAUGCCGACUGCCGGAACCGCCUCGGCGGCGGUGGUGGCGAAGACCUCCGAUUGUACCAAGACAUGGACUCGUACAAGCGGAUCCAGUCGAUCUUUGAGGAAGUGCUCGAGACGUACAAUCUCGACAACAAGCCAAUGGCACUCGUACUCUUUGAGAUGGCCCUCGAACACCUCUCGCGCAUCCUGCGCAUCAUUCGCAACCCCCUCGGGCACGCGCUAUUGAUUGGCGUCGGCGGCAGUGGGAAGCAGAGCUUGUCGCGCCUCGCUGCGUUCACCGCGGGCUACGAUCUUUUUGAGAUUUUUCUCACGCGCGGCUAUGGUGAGGCCGAGUUCCGCGAGAACCUCAAGGACCUGUACCGGAAACUCGGCAAAUCGCCCGUCGUCUUUCUGUUUACGGACGCCCACGCGGUGGAGGAAGGGUUCCUCGAGUUCAUCAACAACAUGCUCACGACCGGUAUCGUCCCGGCGCUCUUUGAGCAAGAUGAGAAAGACCAGCUCGGCGCCACGAAUUGCUGGAAAUUUUACGUCCAGCGCUGCCGCCAGAACCUGCACGUCGUGCUCGCCAUGUCGCCGUCGGGCACAACGCUGCGCGUGCGCUGCCGGAACUUUCCAGGCCUUGUCUCGGCGAGCGUCAUCGAUUGGUUCUUCUCGUGGCCCGAAGACGCGCUUCGGAACGUGGCGCGCUACUUCUUGCUCGACGAGAAGAUUCCGGAAGAGCACCGGCCCGAGGUUGUGAACCACCUCGUGCACGCCCAUUUGCGCGUCGUGACGGUCGCGCACCGGUUUGCGGUCGAGUUGCGCCGGCACUACUACGUGACGCCGAAGAACUACCUUGACUUUAUCGCCAACUAUCGGCUGCAGCUCAAGGAAACAAUCAAAAGCUUGGCCGUCGACCGCAUGCAAAUCGAGCUCAGCGAGAAGAAGAUCAUUGUCGACGAGAAGACGGUCGCCUGCGAAGCGCUCAUCAAAACGAUUGGCGAAAAGUCGGCGAUUGCGAGCAAGCAGCAAGAAGUGGCUGCGAUUACGCAGAUCGAGUGCGAGAAAGCGAGCGUCGUCAUCGCCAAAGAAAAGGAAGAGGCCGACGCCGCGCUGCUCGAAGCGCUGCCGGCGGUGGAAGCCGCGGCUCAGGCGCUCCAGGACCUCUCCAAAGCCGACUUGACCGAAAUCAAGUCGUUCGCGUCGCCGCCCGCGCUCGUCAUGUCGGUGUGCAUGUGCGUCCUGAUCCUGCGGCCGACGGGCCAGGACCUCGACUUGGACUGGAAGGGCGCCAAGGUCAUGCUCAGCAACCCGAACAUGCUCAACUUGCUGAAGGAGUACGAGAAAGACAAGAUCACGGCCAAAAUGAUCUCCAAGAUCAAGACGUUCUUCAAGAACCCGGACCUCAACCUCGAAACGAUGAAGUCGAUCUCGAAAGCAGGGUCCGGUCUCCUGGUGUGGGUCAUUGCCAUCGUCAAGUACUACGACGUCGCGCGCAACGUCGAGCCGCUCAAACUCAAAGUCAAAACGAUGGAGAAAGAGCAAGCCGUCAAGGAACAAGAGCUGCUCGAGCUCAAAGAAACACUGGAGCGGCUCACGGUCGAUCUCAACGGACUCUCGUCGGCGUUUGAAGCCGCCAACGGCGAGCUCCAGGGUCUGAAAUCCCAAGCCGACCAGAUGCAAAAGCGAUUAAGCGCCGCGAGCAAGCUCCUCUCGGGUCUUGCGAGCGAAAAGACGCGAUGGACCAAGGACAUUGAGAGCUUGAACCUCCAAGGCGAGCGGCUCAUUGGCGACUGCCUCCUCACUGCGAGCUUUCUCAGUUAUGCCGGCGCCUUCAGCUUUGACUACCGCUACGAACUGAUCUACGUCGACUUUUUGAGCGACGUGACGGGCCGGAAGCUACCGGCGACGGACCCGUUCAAGCUCGAGAGCUCGCUGACCAACGACGCAACUGUGCAAAAGUGGGUCGCGGAGGGCCUCCCGGCGGACGAACACUCCGUGCAAAACGGUAUUUUAACGACCAAGGCAUCGCGCUUUCCGCUGUGCAUUGAUCCGCAGCAGCAAGCAGUCACGUGGAUCAAGCGACGCGAAGAGAAGAACAACUUGACGGUCAAGACGCUCAACGACGGCGAUUUCAUGAAGCAUCUCGAGCUUGCCAUCCAGUUUGGCAACCCGUUCUUGUUUGAGGCCGUCGACGAAGAGCUUGACCCGAUUUUGGAUCCCGUCCUCGAGAAGAGCACCUUCAUGGAGGGCUCCCAGCGGCUCAUCAAGCUCGGCGACAAGAACGUCGAGUGGGACGCCAACUUUCGACUCUACUUUACGUCCAAGCUCGCCAACCCGCACUACUCGCCCGAGGUCAUGGGUAAAACCAUGAUUGUCAACUACUCGGUGACGCAAGCCGGUCUCGCCAACCAGCUUUUGAACGUCGUCGUCGCCCACGAACGCCCCGAUCUCGAGGAGCAGUACCGAGAGCUCGUCCGCGACAUGUCGGAGAACACGCAAAUGAUCGUCGAGCUCGAAGACACGCUCUUGCACGAGCUCUCGACGUCCACGGGCAACAUCUUGGACAACGAAGAGCUCAUCGUGACGCUGGACGAGACCAAGAACAAGGCGACCGAGAUUGGCUCGAAACUCGACAUGAGCAAGUUUACAAAGGACGAAAUCACAAAAGCGCGCGCCGUGUACACGCCGGUCGCGCUUCGCGGCAGUAUCAUGUACUUUGCCAUGUCGUCGCUCUCGACCAUCAUGAAGAUGUACGAGAUCUCGCUCACGUCGUUCCUGACGGUCUUCAACUCGGCCCUCGACAGCGCCAAGCGCGACGUGGUCUUGGAGAAGCGCCUCCGCUUUAUGAUCCAAAGCAUCACGGAAAUGAUGUACGAUUACACGUGCACCGGUAUUUUUGAGCGCCACAAGCUCAUGCUGUCGUUCCAAAUGACCGGUGACACAUCGCUCGAGGCGGCGGGCGUCAACAAGCCGGACGACCUCGUGUGGAUUGCUGCCGCCGGCUGGAAAGACCUGCUCUGCCUCACCAAGAUGGGCGGGCCGUUCGAAACGCUGUUGAGCGACGUCAUGACGCACAAGCGGGCCUGGCAAGAGUGGUACGAGCUCGAGGCGCCCGAGCAAAGUCCGUUUCCGUGUGACUAUACAACCAAGCUCUCGCCGCUCCAGCAGCUUCUCAUUUACCGCUGCUUUCGCCAAGAUCGCGUGUACAACGCGAUGAAGCUCUUUGUCAUGGCCGUGCUCGGGGAAAAGUACGUGCAGCCGCCGGUCUUGGACUACGCGCGGAUUUACGCUCAGAGCGCCCCGACAGCACCAAUUGUGUGCAUUUUGAGUCCCGGCGCCGACCCACAGAGCGACAUCCAGACACUCGGCGAGGCCACGGGCUUCUCGGGCCACAAAUUCAAGUUUUUGGCGCUCGGCCAAGGCCAAGGACCGCUCGCCGAGCAGAUGCUCGAGGCGGGCUACACGCGCGGGCACUGGGUGUUGUUACAAAACUGCCACUUGCUCGCGAGUUGGCUACGAACGUUGGAGAAGACGCUGCUGGCGAUGCACAAGCCCCACAAGGACUUUCGACUCUGGCUCACGACCGAGCCGACGGAUCGGUUUCCGCUUGGCAUCCUCCAGCGGUCCCUCAAAGUCGUGACCGAGCCGCCGGACGGGCUCAAGCAGAACAUGCGGUCGCUCUACUCGAAGCUCGACGAGGCACUCCUCGACGAGUGUCCGCACCCAGCGUUCAAACAAGUCGUGUUUGUCCUGUGCUUCUUGCACGCCGUCGUGCUCGAGCGCCGAAAAUACGGCAAAAUUGGCUGGAACGUGAGCUACGACUUUAACGAGUCGGACUUCAACAUCUCGCGCAAGCUGCUGUCGCUCUAUUUGCACAAGGCGUUUGUCGACGGCGACGAGCAGCUGCCGUGGGGGUCCCUCAAGUACCUCAUUGGCGACGCCAUGUACGGCGGGCGCGUCUCGGACGACUAUGACCGGCGCGUCCUCACGACGUAUCUCUCCGAGUACAUGGGCGACUUUCUCUUUGACGACUGCCAGCCCUUCUUCUUUAGCCGGUCCGGCUUUGACUACCGGCUCCCAUUGGACGGACCGCUCGAGUCGUACCUCGCGACCGUCGAGGCGCUACCGCUCACCAAUUCGCCGGCCGUCUUUGGCUUGCAUCCGAACGCAGAAAUUGGCUACUACACCAACAUGACCAAGUCGGUGUGGCGCGACCUCAUCUCGCUCCAGCCGCGCUCGGCGGGCAGCGGCGGCGGCAUCUCGCGCGAAGACUACAUUACGAACAUCGCGACCGACAUCGAGUCCAAGGUGCCCGACGCCGUCGACGUGAAUUUGAUCCGGAAGCGGCUCGGGGGCACACCGACGCCGACCCAAGUCGUGCUGCUGCAGGAACUCGACCGCUGGAACGUGCUCAUCGCCAAGAUGGCCACGUCGCUUGGGGACCUCCAGAAGGCCUUGAUUGGCGAAAUCGGCAUGAGCGACGAGCUCGACGCGGUCGGGUCGGCCCUCUUUGAUGGGUUCUUGCCGAAUAUGUGGCGGAGUCUUUGCCCGAAAACGGAAAAGCCGCUCGGGAGCUGGAUGGUCCACUUCAUGCAGCGGUACGCGCAGUACAUGAGCUGGAUCGAGGCCGGAGACCCCGCGGUGAUGUGGCUCUCGGGCCUUGGCAUUCCGGAGAGCUACCUCACGGCGCUCGUCCAGACCACGUGUCGCGCGAAGAACUGGCCGCUCGACAAGAGCACGCUGUAUACGACCGUGACCAAGUUCCGCGCCGCGACCGAGAUACCCUCGAAGCUUGACUCGGGCUGCUACGUCUCGGGGCUCUACCUCGAGGGCGCGUCGUGGGACCUGGAGCAGGGCUGUCUCUGCCAGCAGCAGCCCAAGAAACUCGUGGAAGAGCUCCCGAUCCUCCAAGUGAUUCCGAUCGAAGCGAGCCGCCUCAAGCUCCAAAACACGUUCCGGACACCGGUGUACGUGACGCAGUCAAGACGCAACGCGAUGGGCGUCGGGCUCGUCUUUGAAGCCGACCUCUUUACGAGCAACCACAUGUCCCACUGGGUCCUCCAAGGCGUCGCGCUCGCGCUCAACACGGACUCGUAG